AUGGUGCGCCUUUGGGCUGUUUUGGCGCUAAGCGCGCUGGUUGCUUGUGUGUACGCAGAACCUGAGGCUGCAUCUCGUUUACAACCAAGAAAACGCAAGACUGCUGAUCAGCCUCUACAUCCGGAUAAGCAGGCGGAAGUCGACGAAAUGGUGAGCAACCUGCUGCACUGGAUACAAGGAUUAUACCAACAGAAGAGCAGGAAAGCUCGCCAGUACUUCGGAGGGAAACCAGAAAAACCAAGGCCUUUUGAACCAUCAAACACUUAUCUGCCACCCGUAACCGGCUACCCACCAGCUGGAACCAAACCAUCGCCUCCAUACGUUGAUGGACCUGCACCAAACCCCACGUACCAACCAUCACCGCCUGCCUAUCAACCUUCAACUCCCGGCUUUGAACCUAGCCAACCUUCCUAUCCUUCCUCCCCAGACUAUCAACCAUCCCAGCCAAGCUACCAACCGUCUUCACCGCCCGAAACUGGCUAUCAACCAUCUUCACCACCUGAAACUGGUUAUCAACCAUCUUCACCAUCCCAACCCAGCUUCCAGCCGUCUCAACCCACUUAUCAGCCUACUUAUCAACCCAGUCAACCGGACAAACCUAUCCAGCCCGAACAACCCAAUCAACCUGAACUAACUACUCAGUCCAAUUAUAAUCAACAAGAGUCUAGCUCUGGAGGUCCUAGCUCAUCAUCAAGUUCAUCCGCAGCCGGUUCCGAAAGUGGCAGCAGUAGUGAUGACGAGGAUCGUCAUCCUCCUCACAUUCAUGAGAUCGCUGUAGACUGCGGCAAAGACAUGAUGACUAUCAACAUUGAGUUCAACAAAGUAUACAACGGAAUCAUCUACUCUCAAGAUCAUUACAACGAGCCCGAUUGUGUUUACGUCAGGGAAAACUCUGGACAAGCUCAAUAUUCUUUUACAGUUAGCCUCAACACGUGCGGUACGAGAUUCUUCAGUGACUUCGAGAAUGAAGGCCAGGCUUAUUUAGAAAAUGUAUUGGUUCUCCAGAAUGAAGCCGGUAUUCAAGAAGUUUGGGAUCACAUUAGGAGAGUCAGGUGUUUGUGGGAAGGUAAUUUAAAGAAGCAGUUGGUGUCUUCGCUUAGCGUAGGCAUGUUGAAUCAGAUAACAAGCAAUUUCAGCGGGGACACUGCCAUGGCUAGAUUAGAUAUUCAGACUGGCAGGGGACCUUUUGCUCCUGAAGCAAAUGGACUCAUAAAGAUAGGAGAGACCAUGACCUUGGUUGUAUCAGUCACUGGUGAUGCUGGAUUUGAUAUCUUUGUACGAGAAUGCAUUGCUAGAGAUUCUGAUAGUCGCAACGUAGUUCCUCUAACUGACAGCAAUGGAUGUGUUCUCAAACCAAAGAUUUUCGGUGCCUUCCAGAAGACCAGAGAUACAGGAAACACGGGAGCUUCUGUUAUAGCUUAUGCUUUCUUCAACGCCUUCAAAUUCCCUGAUGAAAUGGACCUUAUUAUUCAAUGCGAGGUCGAGCUGUGCAAAACUGACUGCGAUGUAUGUCCUAACCCUGGUAGCAUUGAACCAAGAAAGAGGAGGAGGCGAGACAUCAUCCACUUGGGAAACAGGACGCAAGUUGACGAACCUUCGACAAUUAUUGGAAAAGGAUUGAGAGUUGUAUUCCCAGAGGACCUGCCUGAGCCAUCAGGGUUCUGUGUAUCCCCGCCAGCUGCUCUAUGGGGUGGUAUUCUUAUUCUUCUCGGAUCGUUACUCAGUAGUCUUAUAGUCUCUUACUGUUGGCAGAAAUCACGAGGGUCGGGCAAAAUUUUGUAA